AAAAUAUGCCAUUGUGCACAGCUGAUUUUGACACACGAAGCAAACAACGUAAAGGAACAUUUAUUUGCCGUGGUGUUGCACAAUUUUAUUAUUUUCCAAUUUGCGUUGGAUUUUACAAAAUGCGACUAACUGAGGUAUUAUUCAAAAAGGUUAAAAGCAAACGUAUCAUGGUGCUGAUGGAGAGCGUGGUUAGUGGUCAUCAAUUUAAUAUGUUCCGCGACCGCUUGGCGGAUAAACUGGAGUUGCUACGUUUUGAUCCUUAUAUACAAAAGGAGUGCAUAUACCGCGAACGCAAAAGGAUACGCAGCGCUUGAAGGCUUGCUUAAGGUGUUAAAUGUAGAAAACUAAUUCUGAGUGAAUGCUGUUUUUUUUGUAGACUAAUAAAAGUAGCGCUAGUGAGCUAGUGAUUGUCAUAAAAAACAUUUUGUGGAAAAUGCAUGAGAAUGCAGUAGAGGUAGAGGUUAUGGAGCAGAGAUCAUGAAUUUAUCAUAUGAUGUUAGUAUUUAGAGCCUAAGGCGUUCUAUUUUGAGUGAAUAUUUGCGCAUAGGUGUGUAUAAUUGAAUGUUUCACAAUUUGUAUACCAAAUUUAUUGAGAAGUGGAUUUAGAAUAUUCUGAGGAUGAAACGACAUAAUUUAAGAUGAAGGGCAUAUAAUAACAUAAUAAUAUAGGUGCAACUCAAUGGGCUUUUGUACACUGUAAAAGACGCAUAGUUAUGUUUAUUAUUGCAACAACGUAAUAUAAUGCAUGGCUUAAAUUUUUUGGGGAAUGUUACUGAAUGUCGAACUGUAGCAAAUUUUUUUUUUGCAUAACCCACAACUUGUGAAUCAUCCUUUUAAAAACUGAUUUUAAUUACUUACUCGACUUAGAAAGAAUUUGUCUCUAAAGCAGUUAUGCUCUAUAGGAAAAUUUCUAUUAUAUGUACAUACAUUCAAAAAGAUUUGCGGUAGUAGAUCGGCCCGUUUUGUUUUUUUUAAAUAACGGCAUUCACCAUUGAAACAUAGAAGCUCGUAUUAAGUUUUUCCGAGUAGUAUGAAUCAUUUUAGUGUUAUUUAUUUUAAUUAAUUAGAUUUGUUGUUCUUCAUA